AUGGAAGCUGAUCCAGAUGAACUUUUAGCUUGGCUUAAAGGAGAUGGAAGUAGUGAACGUGAUCUUCAAAUGAUUGCACUUGAACAAUUAUGUAUGCUAGUCUUAAUGAGUGAUAAUAUCGAUCGAUGUUUUGAACAGUAUAAACCUCAACUUUUCCUUCCUGCUCUCUGUGAUAUACUCAAUGAUCCAUUAGUUCCAACACAUGUUCUUGAAGUAACAGCACGUGCUUUAACAUAUUUUCUUGAUGUAUCUGUUGAUUGUGCAAAAAAAAUAAUAUCACAUUCAACAGUUAUACGUUCAAUGUGUAAUUGUUUACAAAUUGUUGAUAUUGAAGAUCGUACAAAUAAAGAUUUAGCUGAACAAAUUAUAAAAGUAUUUGAACGUUUAUGUUUAAGAGAAGCAUCAAGUAUAUAUGAACAAGAUGGUUUACGUUAUGUUAUUGAAUUUAUUAAUAAUUGUUAUUCAGUUAUACAUAAAGAUUCUUUACAAUCAGCUUUAAAUGUUGUUGUUAAAUUAAUUGGAAAAAUUGAUCCACAAAAUUCUUCAACACUUGAUCAAACAAUUGAAUCAUUAUCAAAUUUACUUUUACAUGAUGAUCCAUUUGUAGCUGAUAAUGCAUUGAGAUGUUUUGCAACAUUAGCUGAUAGAUUUUCAAGAAAAAAUGUUGAUCCUGAACCAUUAAUGCGUUAUGGUUUAAAAGAUGUUCUUCUUCGAUCAUUACAUCAUGUAUCAAAAUCAUCUUCAGAUUCAACAGGAACACAUAAUGUAUCGAAUGUACGUGGUAUUAUAACAAAUCUUUCAGUUGUUACGGGUUUAUUAUCGACUCUUUGUCGUGGUAGUGCAAAAGUAACACAUGAUUUACUUCGUUCUGAUCUUCCAGAUGCACUUGAAUCAGCAUUAUGUAAUGGUGAUGAACGAUGUAUAUUGGAUAUAAUGCGAUUUCUUGAUUUGCUUAUUGGUUUACUUUUUGAAGGACGUCAAACACUUGCUCGUUCAGGAAAUAUUUUACGUACAACAAAUCCUUCAAUUCCAAUCAAUGAAUCAUCACAAAAUUCAUCAUCAACAACAAAUACAACACCAUCUGAUCGUUCACAACAACAAAUAAUUGAAUAUAUUCGUUCACGUGAUUUUCAAGCAUUUGUAAAUUAUAUUGAAGAAAAUAAUAUUGAUAUUAAUUAUACUGAUCAUGUUGGUCAAACAAUGCUUAAUUGGGUAUCAGCAUUUGGUACACGUGAAAUGGUUGAAUAUUUAUGUCGACGUGGUGCUGAUGUUAAUCGUGGUCAACGUUCAUCAUCAUUACAUUAUGCUGCUUGUUUUGGACGUCCAUCAAUUGUUCGUAUAUUAAUAAAAUAUGGUGCUAAUAUUGAUUUACGUGAUGAAGAUGGUCGAACAGCAUUAGAUAAAGCACGUGAACGACAAGAUGAUAAUCAUCAAGAAGUUAUUGAUAUACUUCAAUCAUCACAUGAAUGGAAUGAUACAAAACAAUCAAUAUUAAAUAAUUGUAUUAAAGAACAAACAAAAGAUAAUAUUGAAAUACAAUUAAUUUAUUUAGAACGUUUAUUAUCAAUAUUUUGUCAAUUAUAUCAAAAUACAAUGAUAUUAACAAUAAAACGUAGUACAUUACGUUUAAUAUCAAAAUUAUUACAAUAUUCAACAAUUGAACAAAUACGACAAUUAAAUAUAUUAAUAAAUAUAUUUGAAUUAUUAUCAACAAUAUUAAAUAUAAAUGAAGAUGAUGAUGAUACAUCAAAUAUUGUUUUAUUAAUAAUAAAAAAUUUAUUUGAAAAAGAUCGAUAUUUAUUUCUUGAACAAUUUCAAUAUUUAGGUUUAAUAUCAAAAAUAACAACAUUAGCAUUAUCAAAUGAUAAUAUAAAUGAUAAUUUACAACAAUUAAUAACAAUUAAUAUUAUUCCUAUUGAUACAAAAGAUAUACUUUCUUAUAGACCAUAUGUAUGGAAUGAAUUUAAUUUUUUACGUAAUCGUGAAUGUUUAUAUAUAUGGAAUAGUUUUAUUAUUAUUGAAUUAUCAAUUGGUUCAAAUGGUUGGUUUAGAUAUUUUGCUAAUAAUUCUUUAUCAACAAUGUAUUCAUCAGGAAGUCCAGAAACAAAUAUUGAUACAGAUGAAAAUCGUCAUGAAUUUAUUGAAAAAUUUCAACGAUUAAAACAACAAGUUCUUGAUGGUAUUGGACAAGAAAAAGAUACAGAAAAACAAAAUAUUAUUAUUGCAAGAACUAUUUUUACAUCAGAUAUUUCUAAUGAACGAAUAAUUACUAUUGGAAAUUGGACAAUUCAAUGUAAUGGACCUACACAAAUUCAAAUUCAUAAUGUUGAAGGCGAACAGGCAACUAUUCUUGAACAUGGUCAAUCAGGUUUUAUUUUUGAAUCAAAUCGUCAUUCACAUCAUAAACAUGAAGCUGAUGUACAAUUAAAUAAUGAAUUUUCAAUACCAUGGUCAACAAUUGAAACUUUAACAUCAUCAAAUAAUUCAACAACUGUAACAGUUAAUAAAAAUAAACAAGAACAAAUAAAACAACGUACAAGUGAAAUAGCAUUAUUUAUUUAUAAUGAAUAUUUAAAAAAUUUUUCACCAAAAAAUUAUACACGUUCAAUAUUAAUAGAAUUUCAAAAACUUGUUAAUGAUUUAAAUAAUGAAUUAAAUUUAAAUUCAUUUGAUAAAUUAAAAAAUUUAUUUGAAAAAUUAAAAGAAUUUCUUAUUGAAAAAACAAAUUUAUCUAUAUAUGAAUUAUCAUCAUCAGGUUUAGUAUCAAUUUUAUUGAAAAUUUUUCAAGAUUUAUCUUAUCAAAAUAAUCAUUUAUCAUCAAAUGAUUAUAUAUAUGAACGUGCAAAAUUAUUUUGUUCAAUAUUUCUUUCGGAUGAACAACCACAAGCAUUUCAAAUUCUUAUACGUAAACUUAUAUUAAUAUUAGAAUCAAUUGAAAAAUUACCAUUAUUUUUAUAUGAUGCACCAUUUAAUUAUGGUUUACAAAUAUUUUCUAAACGUUUUCGUUUUCAAAUUCAAUAUAAAAAUCAACAACAAUUAUUUACUGAUAGAACUGGAAAAUCAUUAAAAAUUGAACCAUUAACAACAGUAGAACAAUUAAAAACAUUUCUUGCAUCAAUGGUUUUAAAAGAAUGGUAUGAUUAUCCUCAUAGUAAUCUUGAAUUUGUUAAACAAUUAAAAUUAGAUAAUCGACUAACAUUUACAUAUACAAAUGAUUUUGAUCAAAAUGGAAUUUUAUAUUGGAUUGGUACUAAUGGUAAAACUGUAUCCAAUUACACAAAUCCAUGUUCAACUGGACUUAUUUCAGUUAGUUGUUCUGAUAAUAAUUAUUCAUCUCAACAAUUAUAUGAUAUAAUUUCAUAUACAUCAUCAAUAGAUGAUAAUAACGAUACAAAUUAUAAUUUUAGUUGGAUUAUAAUUGAUUUAGGUUUAUUUAUUAUUCCAACACAUUUUACAUUAAGACAUAUAACAGAUGGUAAUACAAAUUGGACAAAAAAUUUAUUAUUUCAAAUAUCAAAAGAUACUUCACAUUUUCUACCAUGUGAAACAUCAUUAGUUAAUGAUAUAAAUUCAUCAACAGCAACAUGGAUAGUUAAAAAUUUAACUGAAAAUUCAACAGGUUUUCGUUAUAUACGUAUUCAUCAAAAAUCUUCUCGUAGUUCAGUUUGUAUUUCUGGAUUUGAAGUUUAUGGACAAGUACUUUCAGCUAUUGAUAUUCGUUCAAAACCUGAAUUCAAUCGUUCUCGUUCAUCACGUGAUGAUACUCGAAAUCGUUCAACAAAUUCUCGUGAAAAACCAACUUAUAGUCAUUCUCAUUCGACAUCAUCAACUAGUACACGUACAAGUAAAAUGCAAUCACAUAUUCUUCGACGUUUAGCAAGUAUGAGUACAUCAAAUUCUUCGAAUAGAUCAGAUGAUAAUCGAUCUGAACAAUCAACUAUAAGUCAAAUAUUAUUUGAUCUUUCAUCAAUUCCAACUGAUUUAUCAAGUGUUCUUGAAUCAAAUGAUCCCGAACAUUUACGAUUAGUAAUUGAAGAAGCUCUUACACGUUUAACUAGUGAUAAAACAUUAAACGAAGAUACGAAUUUACUUAAUUUAAUUUCACAACGUAAAAAUAUUUCAACACCAGAUAUAAAUAAUGAUGAAAUAACACAUUCAGUUUCAUCAACUGAACAAGCAUCAAGUGCUGAUAAUCUUUUUUCAUCACCUCAUGCUACAGAUAAUUUUAUUCAACUUAUGGAAGGAUUUUGUGAUCAAAUAUCACAACAAUACGAUGUUCUUGUACAACCAAUACAAACAGAAUCAAAAACAUCAUCAGAACAUGAUAUUAUACCAAUUCAUUCAGAUACAAAAAAUACUAAUAAUCAACUUGGACUUGAUGAUGAUAUACUUGUUAUUUCAAAAGAUGAAAUAAAUAAUAAUUGCUCAACAACUCAAUUAAGACAAUCGAUUAGCAGUACUAUAGAAUCAGUAGAACCUCUAUGUACUGUUACUGAAGAAAACAAUAAGAAAAAUGCUACAAAUGAAUGUCCUGAUCAACGAAUUACAUUAUUAGAAAAUGAUACGAAUUCAAGUGUUCCAAAUAUUUCAUCAUUAAAUAUUUUAACAACACCACCACCAACAACAACAAUAAAUAUAGCUGAUAUACCAAUUAUUGAUGAUGAAACAAUUCGAAUUGAAGAAUCAACAAAUCUAUCUGAUCAACAACAAAAACAAACUGAUGAAAUAACAACAACCGAUGAUGAAGAUGAUGAACAAACAUUAUUAAAAUGUCUUAAAUUAACUAAUGAACAAAUCGAAGCACCUGUUGAAGAUGAUGAAGAUGAUGAUGAUGAUGAAGAACAACAAGAUGAAGACGAAGAAGAAUAUAAUGAAGAAUUACAAGAACAACUUCAUGGUCAACAACAAGAAAUAACACAUCGAAAUUGGGAUGAUGAUUUUGUUUUAAAAAGACAAUUUUCUGUUUUACUUCCAGCAUUUGAUGGUCGACCAGGUCGAACAAAUAUUAAUGCAACACAAGAUUUUCCUGUACCAACAACAAUGACACCAAAAGAAGAAACUUCAACUAAACGAAGAUCAAAUACAGAUGCAUUAACAGCUGCUAAUAUGACUUUAUAUAUUCGAGGACCAUCACCAUCUAUAACAGGAUUAAAAGAUAUUGAUAUUGAAAUGGAUGAUGGUGAUUCAACAAUUUUUAACUAUGUUCAACAAUUAAUUAAUCCAUUUCCAUCAUCGCAACGAAAUGAACGUAUUAAACGGAUUUUUGAACCAACAUAUACGAUAAUCUAUACUGAAAAAUCUCAUGAACAAUCCAAAUCAAAUACAAUUCAAUUGAAAAAUGAAAAUCUCUUUGAUUCAUCAAAUAAUCUUCAAGAUAUUUGUACAAUUGAAGAUAUACUUAAAUUACUUCGUCAAUUAUAUUAUUUAUCUAUAAAUUAUAUUCAUAGUAAUCCACAUUUUAAUGAAAAUUUUUCAUUUGAUAAUUAUUUUUAUUCAAAAAAAUUAAAUAAUAAAUUAUUACAACAAAUUCAAGAUUCAAUUCUUAUAGCAUCAUCAAGUUUACCAUCAUGGACAUCAUGUUUAAUACAUUCAUAUAAAUUUUUAUAUCCAUUUGAAACUCGUCAAUUAUAUUUUCGUACAACAAGUUUUGGUACAUCACGUUCAAUAGUAUGGUUACAAGAACGACGUGAAGAAUUAAUACGUACAAUACGUAAUACAAAUCAUUCACGUUCACGUUUAUCAAAUGAAAAUUCUUUACAUGAUUUUCGUUUUGGUCGUUUAAAAAUUGACCGUGCUAUUUCAAUUGAUCGUGAAAAUAUUUUACGUGAUGCAAUGAAUUUAUUUCAUUAUCAUGCUAAAUUAAAAUCAAAAUUAGAAAUACAAUUUUUAAAUGAAGAAGGAACUGGUGAUGGACCAACAUUAGAAUUUUAUGCAAUGAUUUCAAAUGAAUUACAAAAAUAUUCACUUGGUUUAUGGUGGCAUCAUGAUGAUUAUGAACAUAAUCAAACAGAUUAUGUUAGAAAAUUAGAAGGUCUUUUUCCUGCAUCAUAUUCACAAGAUAAUGAAAAAUUAAAUAAUAUUUGUAAUUAUUUUUCAUUAAUGGGUAUUUUAUUUGCUAAAUGUUUAUUAGAUAAAUAUUUAAUUGAUAUGCCAUUAUCAAUAUCAUUUUUAAAACUUUUAUGUAUGAAAUCAAAAUCUAAUAAUGAUAUAUGGUAUGAUGGUAUACUUGAUUUAAAUGAUUUAAUUAUGAUUGAACCAUUACGAGGAAAUUUUUUUAAAAAACUUUUACAAUUAAUUGAAAAACGAAAUAAAAUUAAUAAUGAUGAAAAUAAAACAAAUGAAGAAAAAAAAUUUCUAUGUCAAUUAUUAAAAAUUGAAAAUAAUCUACAUGAACCUGUUGAUAUUGAACAUUUAUGUUUAACUUUUGUUUAUUCACCACCAUCAAAUACUUAUGGAUAUCAAUCAGUUGAAUUAAUUCCAAAUGGAUCACAUAUUGAUGUAACUAUUGAUAAUAUUGAUCAAUAUGUUGAUUUAUCACUUCAAUUUAUUCUUCGUGAUGGUAUUCGACAUCAAAUGGAUGCAUUUCGAAAUGGAUUUAAUCAAGUAUUUUCUCUUGAUCAUUUACAAUGUUUUAAUCCACAUGAAUUACAAUUAGUUCUUUGUGGUAAUCAAUGGCCAUCAUGGACAUUAGAUGAUUUAUUGACAUAUAUUGAACCUAGUCAUGGAUUUACAAGAGAAAGUGCUGGAUUUACAAAAUUUCUUAAUGUAAUGUUAGCACUCGAUGGACUUGAACGAAAAUCUGUCGUUCAAUUUAUUACUGGCUGUUCAUCAUUACCACCAGGAGGUCUUGCUAAUCUUCGACCACGUUUAUCUGUAGCACGUAAAGUUGAAGCUGAUGAUAAUUCAUAUCCAUCCGUAAAUACUUGUUAUCAUUAUCUCAAAUUGCCGGAUUAUUCAGGUGAAGAAAUUCUUAAACUUCGUUUAAUGACAGCAUGUAAAGAACGAGGUUUUUAUUUCAAUUAA